AAUACCUCGAGACCUUUGUAGGAUCGAGAAUAUGCAGGCCCCAGCCCGUAAAGCCCGAAGAACUGCAAACGCAUGCGUCGCAUGUCGUCAGAGCAAGAUAAAAUGCUCUGGUGAAGAGCCCUGCAUCAAUUGCCAGCGACGCUCGGUGCGAUGCGAGUUCGCCGAGGGCGUCAACCGGGUCGUGGUCUCGGAGAGAUAUCUGCGACGCUUGGAGGCGCAGGUUCGGAGCCAACAAGCACUAGCCACCAUGGAGAAUCCGAUCAUGUCUCCUUCGAACACACCUCCCGUGGCUGGAGACAGCUGUCCGACUGAAGCUGCAAUGUCAACCUCCCGUUCCGCACCACUCCGAGAAACGUCUCCUGCGAGCCAAGAGCGGAGCAUCUGGACAAGUCCCUUCGCUCUCCCUUCGACAACCAUCAAGAACACAAAGGAUAACAAGCGAACUUGGAUCUGGCUGGCACCGUCGUCCAUGUGGUCAUUCACCACCCGCCUCACCAUCCUCAUGACCGAGAAGCUGCAUCGUCGAUAUCCCCACAACGCCCCGACCUUGCGCGCCAAAGAAAUCUAUCCCCUUCGCUGGGACGUCUGUCCAGCCAGCAGACCUCCGGACAUAGCCGGCCUGCCGUCUCUCGAUUACUCGCUGUACCUAUUCAACACGGUCAAGUUCCAUCUGGGGCAGUUGCGGUUCUUCAACGAAGAGCAAUUCGUCGAGCGUCUGCGGGAAUUCUACCACGGUAACCCCGCCGCGAUAGCCAUGGAAUACCGUCUUUGGCUCAUUCAGCUCCUCUUGGUCUUAUCCUUCGGAACGGCUCUGCUGUGUCGGGCGAAGAGCCCGGAUCAGCCCCCGGGUUCACGGUUCUUCGCCCGUGCCAUGUCUUUGAUGCCUGACCAUGCGUCCCUGUGGAAGGAUAGCUUGUUGGCGAUAGAGGUACUGGCCCUGGCUAGUCUGUACCUGUAUUCGAUUGACCAAAGGGAAUCCGCACAUAUCUACCUCGGGCAAGCGAUCCGAGUCGCACAAUACGAGGGCCUCCACACUCAGCUCUCCGAGGAGCAGCUGGGGUCUGAGACUGUGGCCCGAUGCCGUCGUCUCUGGUGGACGCUGUACAUCAUGGAUCGACACUUCUCCUACUCGGUCGGACUGCCGAUGACCACCCAGGAUCGUGACAUUAGCACGCCGAUCGAUCCUCCCGAGCACUGCUCCCAGCAGGACCUUGCUCUGAGUCUCCAUGCGAAACUAUCACGACUGCUGUCAUAUAUCCUGAGCACGGUAUACAAUGCGGAAAGAACACAGUUGCACGUCUUUCUGGACACGACGAAAUCGAUCCUCCAGACGCUGGCAGGAUACGCGCACGAAAUGGAGGAGAUCAUCCAGAUCCGACUGCGCAAUUCCCUGGACACGAUGCCCCGAGGCACGCAGCACAUUACCCUACUCUAUCACCAGUGCGUAAUCGUAGCCACGCGGCCCCUCCUCCUCUCCGCCCUGAUCGACCGCCUCGAAACCCUGACCCACGACGGCCUCGACACCAACGACUUCCUAACCCUCACGAAGCCCCUCCUGUGCAUCGGGAUCAAAUCCGCCGUCAAAACCAUCCAGAUCCUUUCAGGCACCGACAGUCUUCUCGAGGUAUUCCUCCUCUACGACCUCGAAUUCACCUACGACGCCGCCAUCCACCUCGCCCUGACCCGAACCCUCUUCCCGGAACUCCUCACCACUCCCACCACACAAGAUGGUCCCAGUCCCAGCCCCAGUCCCAGCCAGCAAGCCCACUCCAUCCUCGACGCGAUGAUCUACCACGGAAACCGCAUCGCUCACGCCCGGAAGGAAGGGCUGGUGCACCUCGAGCGGCUGCUGGAGGAGGUGGCCGUGUCGGUGUCGGUGUCGGUGUCGGGCUCGGGUCGUCGCCCCGGCCGCCCGUCCUCGUGGCAGACGCAUACACCGGAGAGUCUGCAGGUCCCGGCGGGAAUGAUGCAAGGGGGUGGUGGUCACUCCACUGCCGCCGCCGCGGGUGGGCUGGUGGGGUACGGCGACGGGGUGGCCGGAGAAGAGGAGCUGGGUGGACCGUCGUACACGGCGAUGGAGGAUCCACAGCUGGCGAACGUGGAGUUUCUGGAGCAGAUUGGGAUCUCGUCCGCGGAGUUCUUGUCCAUCGUGGCGCAGAUAGGGCCGUUGAAGGGGGUGGACGGGGUGGAGGGUGGGUGA